GGUGGCUUUCAACAUGGCACCGGUAACGCCGCGUCUGAAGUACGCAAGUAACGUAGAAACCCUCUCGUCGGGGGUGCAUUAGUGCAGGAUGGAUCGUCUACGGGGUGAAGGUUCGUCGGUGCUUCGUUGAACGCGUGAGAGUGCGAGCGUUUUCGGCGAGCGCAUCGGAUUCCGGAGUAGAUUUUAUAAACAGAAGGGGGAGAGAGAACGAAGAGGGGAAGAAAAGAAAAGAGAGAGAAAGAAGAGCGUGCUAUGUCGAGGAGUCGCACGGGGCAGGGAAGGCAGGCCAAUCCGGUGGCGGUCAUCCUACCCCGUGUCGAGUGACAGGCUGCUUACGUAACGGAUUAUUCUCGCUAUGAUAACGAUACUCCAGACGGCGCGAACGCGACACGUCGACGUGAAGAAGCGGCAGCAGCAACAGCAACGGGACAGCAUCGUCGUCGGGAGGAUCGUCGGGGCAGCGGCGACAGCGCAGCGGUUGACACCGACGGAAAUACGCCGACCCGGAUCGCGCUAUCGUCGUCUCUGAUACUCGUCGCUUGAAACGGACGCCGAGCGUCGCGACGCCCACGUCAUUCUCACCUCGGGAGUGCGAGGUACCGAGUGUGAAUUAUGACAGCGGCGGUCGUCAUGGAAAACGUUAACUGGGACCCCGCGUUGUCCAAGUUGUUGAACUCGCUGCAGGAGAACAAGUCGGAAAUACCCAGCUGUACCGAGGAGGAAUUCGGAUUUCUCAGUGAGCUAUUGCAGUCCAAGGAACUAAACGCUCUAGUUAACAUUCAUAAUAAAAUUCUCAACAAUGUUAAGGAUGACAAAUUCUUUCCUGUACUCUCAAACUCGAUGGAUAUCGACAUUGAGGUUCUCGACUUGUUGUCAACGAAAACGCAUAUUUCGCCCGACUGCAAGGAGCUAUUCCAUCUACUGCAGAAACCACAUAUCCAGGGUCUCCUUUGCGCCCAUGAUGCGGUGGCGCAAAAGGACUACUACCCGAGGCUGCCAGACAUCCCGCUGGAGGUAGACGAGGACGAGGAAACGGUGAAGAUCGUCCAGCUGGUGAAAUCGAACGAGCCCCUGGGCGACGCCGGCGUUGAACCGAUCGUGGGGGCGACCAUAAAAACCUGCGAAGUCACCGGCAAGAUCGUGAUCGCGCGGAUAAUGCACGGAGGUGCGGCCGACAGAUCCGGUCUCAUCCACGUUGGUGAUGAAGUUUGCGAAGUCAACGGUAUCAGUGUCGAGGGAAAGACACCUAGUUUCGUUCUACACAUAUUGCAAAAUUCGGAAGGGACAAUCACUUUCAAAAUAGUGCCCGCGGAUAGCAAGAGCGGAGUCAGAGAGAGCAAGGUUCGCGUGAGAGCACAUUUUUCAUAUGUGGCGACCGAUGAUCCCUACAUUCCUUGCAGGGAAGCCGGAUUAGACUUCGUCAAGGGUGAUGUUCUACAUAUUGUCAGUCAAGACGACAUUUAUUGGUGGCAAGCCAGGCGAGAAGGCGAUCGAAAUAUGAGAGCAGGCUUGAUCCCCAGUAGAGCUCUUCAAGAGCGCAGGAUUCUCCUCGAAAGGAAGGGGAAUGGGAAGACAGAUGAAGACAAUAUAAGCUUGUGUUCUGUUCCAGUGCCUUUGCACAUAUUGUGCCCCCGUCCUACCUCUUUGCACGCCUCGCCUACAAAGUGCAACUUGCAGGGAACUAAAACUAAAAAAAUCAUGUAUGACGCUGCAGAGAACGACGAUUUCGACCGGGAAGAGGUACCGACCUACGAAGAAGUCGCGAAACUCUACCCUAGACCAGGCCUUUACCGGCCGGUGGUUCUCAUCGGGCCACCGGGAGUCGGCAGAAACGAGCUGAAGAGACGACUCAUGGCGACCGACACCGAAAAGUACAAGACUCCGGUUCCUUAUACGUCUAGGCCGCCGCGACCUGGCGAAGUAAACGGCAAGGAAUAUCAUUUUGUGACUCGAGAAAAAAUGGAGGAAGAGCUCGAGGCUGGAAAGUUCAUCGAGUACGGCGAAUACAAAGGGAAUCUGUAUGGUACCAGCUCCGAGAGCGUUAGCUCGCUCGUAAAUGCCGGAUAUGUUUGCCUCUUGAACCCUCAUUAUCAAGCUCUUAAGAUGCUCAGGACACCACAACUUAGGCCGUAUAUCAUAUAUAUAAAACCGCCGACGUUCGAAGUAUUGAAAGAAACCAGAAACGAGGCCCGAGCGAGAUCGACCUUUGACGAAAGCAAUUCUCGAGGCUUUACGGAUGAGGAAUUCCACGAGAUACUGCACAGUGCGGAAAGGAUAGAAUUCCUUUACUCUCAUCUUUUCGACGAGGUAAUUGUGAAUGCUGAUCUUUCCAUGGCAUUCGAACAACUAGUCAACGCAAUUCAUCGAGUGGAGUCUGAGCCGCUUUGGGUACCAGCUUCGUGGGUUCAGUAAAGUGAUCUUUAAGAUUUGAGGAACAAAAGCGUCCGAAAGGAGAAGCGGAAGAGAAGAGUUUUGUUGUUAGAGACGACUAUUCAUCGCGGAUUUUGACGAGAUUGAGCCUUUCUCACGAUGCUCGACGACACUUUGCUUCUACCACCGCGAAGGAUGUCCCUCAAAGGACGCACUUCUUGUCCGUCAUCCCAUCGGAUUUCAAUUUACCACCUAGGGUGUUACCGCGUCUUUUACACUACCUAGAAAUUUCGUAUCUCGAGCGAAUCUUUAUCGGUUUCGAAAACGAGUUAAAUAAAAUUUUCUAUUAUCAGAUGCCGUACGUUCGUUCCCAGUGAUCGUUGUCGGCUUGCACGUGACGAUUCAUCGAUCGCGAAAGGAACGCAAUCGUACUUUUCGCGAUUAAGAGAAAGUUAAUUACAAGAUGUUAAAGUAAUUUUGAAGAUUACGCUUCAAGUGGUUCAAAAUCGUCCUUCCCUCCUUCUCUCCUUCAUCCCUCGACGUUCAAUAGUCCUUGUUUUCCGUAUAACUAUGAUACCAACGUGUCUCAGCGACACACUCCACUCUUAAUCUUAGAAUCCCUACUGCCAAAAGCUUCAUUAGCGGCGAGAGAUUUCAUAUCGCGCGGAGGAAAUCAAGAGGAGGAAGCGAUAUGAUUUCUUUAAUCUCGUUGCGAAUCUCUUCUGUACAAUCUAUCGAUAAAUUGAAAUUUAUCGUGAAAUUCCAGUUUUAAGACCACGGGAAUCUCGCAUACCUUAGACUCGACGCUCGCAAAAUGGUUAUUGCGCCACCGUGGACGAUCUUUGAUCUCGAUUGUUGUUAAUUGUUGCCAAAUAAGUAUUGUACUUAGAAUGCGGCCGCCAGACGGUCGCCCCACUGUACUUAUUGUAUUUUCCACUCGAACAGCAUUAUCACGACAUUGCUAUUUUAUUUUAUUCUUUUCCAUGACAAUGGGAUGCCGAUAUGAGAAAGGAAACAGCUGUAUCGAGUUGAUCGACUCUAUCAACAUUGCAUAAUUUCAUCUUUGAUGUAAACUCUGCAUGUUAUCGAAAUAUACUAUUAAACUUUGAA